AUGGAGGAGCAAUUUGGUGUUCGUAAUGUGAUUGGUGCUCCAGUAGCUACCACUAGACUGGCGGAACAGGUUCUAGUAGCUAUACCCCCAAGAACUGCGAAGUUCACUCUAGCUGAAUGGAAGUUGAGUAAUGAUCAGCGAAGCAGGAAUGCGGAAGACCAACAACAGCUAGCAGAUCGGAUUCUAACUGAAUCUCAGCGUGUAAGGGACGAAACUGCUGAACGAGCUAGUGUCUUGAAAGCCACUACAGACAGGUGUCUCAGUGAACGUAUUGGUGACGUUGACUAUAAUAAGAAAGAACUUCAAAUUCAACGUAAAGAAAUCUGUUUGGAACUCGAAGCUCUUGGAAUGUAUAAAGCCCGAUUAUGUGACUGUCUUACUUCACUUGAAGGGGCAGUGGUAAUCGUUCGGAAAUGCUUAAUGCUGAGAGACGGGCGAAUUGGAAUUGAUUUAGUCGUUGAUGAGGUUGAAUCAGCACUGCAACAAGAAAUAACCACUAUAUUAGGGGGUCAGAGUCUUUUGAAAAGAGUUUUAGAACAACUCCAUGAACAAAUGAGAAGACUUCGAUCGACGCGAUACCUGCUUGACCGAGAUUUACAGUACAAACAAGGAGCUAUUGACAUAGAUAAACAAAAUUUAUCUCUGAAGUCGACGGACCUGUGUCUAUCUACAUAUGAAGGUUACGCUAAUCUGGAUCCUGCGAAUAUUGCUGCGGAAGAAUACAACAGCUAUUCUACAAAUAAUAUCAUAUCUGCUGCAAAAGAAGUAACGAGCUCACGUCCUAUAAAAAUGUUUAUUGAUACAAUUCUGAAACAAGUUGUUGACGAUCUUUGGACUGCCAAUAAAAGAUGUAAUCAUGCUUUUCUUGAGAGAAUUGAAGAUACUCAGCGAAUGAAAUCAAAACUAGAAGGUAUGCAUUUUGAAACGACUCAAAAAAUCGCUGAUAUGCAGUCCAAUAUUUUGCUGUUGCAAAAAGCUUUAUCAGAUAGAGAAGGUAACACCGCCUUGGCACAUACACGCCUAGGAAAACGAGCUCAGAGGGUUGGUGCUGAGUUAGUUCGAGACCCUCCAGGGCAAGCUUUAUAUUACGAAUGUGAAAUGUUACGUCACAGCACAGAACAACUGCAACAAAUGCUGCAAGAGGCAACAGCUUCACUUAGAUACUUGUUACAAACUCAGAUCCAGUUGGAGGAAGAUAUUAAUGUUAAAAUGAAUACCUUAAAAAUAGAUGAGGUGGAUUGUAUGACCCUACGAGAGACCAUGAGUUACAAUGUUUAUUAG